CUCAUUUGCUUGUCUACGAGGUACUAAACAUCUCUAAAGCGUCGAAAAGGACGACGGUGGCUAUCCUUCUCGCUUCCAGCCUUAUACUUCUAGUGGCAAAGACACAUCCAUUGGCCUCCGGAUUCUCAGGGUCGCCUCAGGCUUGCAUACGGGCCGACAACCGUCACACCGAGCUAGAACGCCAAUCCUCCCACUACUACUUGGCCUUCUCGCAUUUCGCCUCCGUGUUGACGCACAGGCCUUUUCUCCCUUUCGGAUCGCUUCCAGUCUCGCUCAACUUAAGCCAACCACUCGCUACAGACUGCUGCACGUCAAGUAUCACAGCAUCACAGCCCACCCACAAUCCGCUGCGUGUUCCCAUUCGUCGCAAGAAAACAAACCUAUCACCUGUGCGCUGAUUGGUUUCUGGUGGGCAUCGAAGAACUAUUAAGAAGCUACCCUCUCUCCCCAUGCUCGUUGAAGGAGCCCAGCGUCUUUUAGGGCUGCUCGGUGCACAUUGGCCUUGCCUUUGUGCUUUGCUUCUGAUCUUGUCCUCAUGGAGACCGUCUUCAUUACCAUCCACGAUCUAUCCCAGGAUGCCCGAAUCAGGUAUUGUUCCGACUCGGUCGAGGACAUACUGGGCUACUUUCCCCACGAGGUGACGGGGAGAUCAUGCUGGGACUACUUCCACCCAGACGAGAUCCCCUUCGCCAGGGCUGUCCACGACCGUGGCAUCAGUCUUGACAAGGCGGCUGUUAUGAACUAUUGCCGCAUCAAGCAUAAGGAUGGUCACUGGGUUGGUUGUGAAUGCGUCUUUACUGUUGUUCACGAUGUCCUUGUGGCCAGUACUGCCAUCUAUCGCCGCGGUCCAAAGGCAAGACAGAGAGCACUCGACGGGGCCGGUAUCCGGCGAAUCUUCUCCUCUUCUCCUCGAGAUCCCAGGUACCACAUGUUAUCAUAUCUGUCCAACAAGUUCUACGACGAACCGGCUGCUCAUACUCCAGAGCCGAGGGCAGCGCUCUUCCUCAACCGCUUCUCACGCACCUCCACCGUCAUGUUCGCCACAAACGGCGUCGCCGCGAUCCUGGGCCUUCAGCCGUCAGAUCUGGUGGGAAAGAGCUUCUACCAUUGCAUUGACCGGGCGUGUCUUCAAGACGCCGUCAAAUGUAUUGAAAGCGCCAAAGCUAACGACUCAAUCGCCUACCUGCGAUUCUGGUACCACAACCCUCAACAGGAAAAUGACCGAGCUGAUGGCGAACCCUUUGGUGACGAGAGCGAUGAAGACGACGACGGUGGUGUUCCGCUGGGGACUGGCACGCGUUCCGGUUCUAGUGUCUCGAUGGGGGAUGCUUCAACUCCCCGCCAGAUUGAAGAUACCACCAAUGUCACCGAUCAUCAGGCGUCGAGCCCUCCUGGACAAGCCUCCACUUCUCAGAUCGACGGGGCUCUACAGGAGCCUGGAACCGACACACAGAAUGUUCAAGUGAACGGCCAUGAUGACAGUCUUGCACCUUCCACGGGCGCCAACCUCAACAAUCAACCAUCCGCUUCCAAUGCGAGCACCGAUCUCGUUAUCGGCGAGCAUCAGGCGGGGUCUGACCAAGGAGCCUCUCAGACCUCAGCUCCACUGCAGACUGACCCAGGAGCCACCAAUGGAGGACGACUGGAGCUUGAAGCCGUAGUUUCCUGCACUUCGGAUGGACUUGUUGUCAUCCUCCGCCGUGCGAAACCGUUGGUUCCACAUACACUUGGAGCGACGGAGGCUCCAUAUUACGCCAACGGGCUGUUUGCGUCGCCCUGGGCACCCGAACCAGUCAUGCCUCCUACCAUACAACAAACGACCGUGGCUCCCGCUACCUCUUUCCCAAUGACGGACUCGUCCGAGUCUGGGUUCAUGGCUGCCAUUCGGGAAGUUGCGGUCUUUGCUUGGUCACUCACAGGGAUCAAUGGUUCUGUCGCGCAGUAUGCUCGGGGUAAAGCAUCUCCAGAGGCAUUACCACCAGAUGGUCUACCUAUCUGGGACCCUAACGCUGAUGUUGACCCGAAGGCCAAUGAAUUAUACAACGGCUUCUUGGGCAGCGCGCAUCGCCCAUUUGCGGACUCUGGUGAGUCCAGCGUUACAAAGAAAGACGACGACUUGGGCAGCAGCGAUGACGAAGUACUCUGGAAGAGAGCACCAACAAUGACGCAAUGGAGACGACCCAAGAGAAGAGCCCAUCAAGACGCUUUUGGAGCGGAAGGGAACGAUGGAGUGGAUGGCGGGAAUGAAGAUGGCAGGAGAAAGAAAGCCACCAAAUCGCAUUCCAGCUCCGUGCCGAGUUCAGGUUCCGGAGCAGCAUCUGCUGCAGGUUCUUCUUCUGGCUCGACCUGAUAGAGCCUGCUCUCGGUUUUUGCAUCAGAUUGCGUGUGGAAAGGCGGUGCCUGCGAUAUCGUUCCUUGAAGCGGGCAAGCCAGUCGAAUAUCUGGGUAUACAUUCAUUGACUAGGACACUUAUGAUCCGACGAAAUUGAUAGUUAUAACGUGCCUCUUAUGAAUUA